CUGGGCACAGACUUCAUGCGCAACGUGCCACAGGUUCCGGGGAUCCCCCAAAAUUGCGUCAAAGGUGGAAGCACCAUGUUUAGCUUGCUGGGCUUGUUGGCGCUUCUGGCUGUGACAUGCAGCGCUGCAUUCCACUGGUGGCGCAAGGCAGUCUACGUUGGAGAAAUGCCGCUGCAGCCGCAUGCGGACGUCGUGCUGAACCUCAAAAACUGCGGAGUAACCUUCCUGCAAGCAGAAGGAGCCAAAAGCUUCAUUCGAAUUCGGUCGUGGAUGCACUACAGGAUUCCAAGCCAGGCGGGCGUGCCAGUGUUCCGCACAGGGCCGGAGGGCCACCUGCAUGUUCUGCUGCACAUGACGAACUUCGACCCUUGGUAUAAAUGCUCGACCGAGUUUUACUUGGCAAAGGACUUCUCUUUCGGCAGCCUCAACAUGAUUUUCGCGCCAGCAGACCGCUAUGUUCGAGUGGACGCCAGUGUGCCUGUACGAGCCGCUUCCAUCUCAGUGGACGCCUUCCACGCGUAUAUGCGACUCAGUUCAGUCGAGUCUAGGGCAGCCAAGUUUGUGCUUGGCGCAGGACACCUCUAUUUAGAGCUUGAUGGUCCAGCUUCAGCCUAUAGUAACGCCCCUAUCUCCAUCGUCUCCCGUACCGCCGAGGUACACAUCGUUUCACUCUACCCGCUGAGCCUUUCCAUGGGAGCCGACACGGCCGCCGCCAGCCUCUUCAGGGCUACAGGGAGCGUCAGUGUCGCCGUCUCAGAAAGCAACAGGGGAUUGAGCUCUGCUAAAGCCUUGCUCCAGCCGGCGGAUGUGUCCUCCCUCUUUGCGGGGCUCAUGAGCAUUAAGAUCGACGUCGACGCGGAGCAGGCAUCGGUUUACGCGACUUCCAGAGGAUCCAAGGAAGACACUGAGUGGCCAAUGCACACGUGGGCAGGCCGAUAUCAGCAGAGCAAGCCGCACCUCGAUCCUUACUCCCUUCUCCGCGUGCAAAGUGCGCUCCAAUGGCUUAAGGAAGACCCUGCCGCGCCGUGGAUCAUACUUGUCGACCAUGCAGGGAUCUCCCACCCGGGAAACUGGCGAGUCCUCAGCAGCAACGCCUACCUAAGGUCUGUGUAUUGGUUUGUAGUCUUGUCGGGGGGCAUGUUGCAACCCCGUAUUCUGCACCUGCCACUCCAGACGCGCGGCCUUUUCUGCCGCGUGCACAUUGACGAGGAAGACGACACACUCCCAGACAUCGUCACAUCUUCUGAGGAGUCGCUGCUGCAGUCGCUCGUGAACUUUUUCGUGCCGAAGGAGACCUCUACCUCCAUAAGCAAGCGUCAGGACAGAUUUCUGGAGAGGACUAUUAGCGAUGAGGGGGGUGAAACCUCUGAGACGAGUGAGGAGGCUCCAGGAGGCCAAGACCACAAAGCAAGUCAACCACAAAGGGGUGAAGGCGAACCUGACAACGGUCUCCUUACAGGUGUUUUGAAGGCCGCUAGUAAUCUGAGCGCAGCAGCUAUAACUCCACCAACUGUAGCAGGAGGCGGAGCUGGUCCUGGGGGAUCCUCGACGCUGGAACUUCGCCGCCUCUCCGAGGCAAACUCUACAGACCUUCCCUCUUCUGCUGGCGAAUACGUUGGGCUAGUCAAGGGUCCAGGGCAGUGUAAGGAGGAUAUUGUGGAAGACGCCUUUCUGGUGUUGUGGGAAGUGCUGGCCGAAGCCCGUACACAAAGCACCUUAUUUGUGUGGAGCCGACACACCGCUGCGCAGCAAGUGCGCUUCUCUGUUCAGAACGAUGCUCUCCUCAAGGUCAAUGUCUCGCUACGAGACACCUGGUCCUUUGUGGUCGCCAUCACCAUUAGCAUCGUGGCUGCCUUAGCGCUGGCCUGUGGCUCUGUAUACGUGUGGUUUCGCACGCUGAUGCCACGAUUGCGGAAAGCGCAUACGGAGGCGAUCGUGCUGAAGGCUGCGAGUCACCGCCUUGACCAUGAGUUGCCAUCGGCCCUUCAUGCUGCUCAAGAUGGAGGCUGGAACUUGAUGGCUGUGCCUGUAGCCUAUCCAGCGCACGGCGUUUUGCUAAGAUGGUCUACGGGGGACUGCUCUCAGCCUGCGGCGUGGAUGGGAGUACACCUAAAACCUUCUGCCGCAGCGUGGGCUGAGGCAGCUAACGACCGCGCAAAGGCCGUCGAGUGCAGCAAGGCAGAAAUAUAUGUGUAUCUGAACACGACACGGAUUGAAACCGUGCACCAGUUUGGUCUCAAUCAAAAAGAGUUCUUUCUUCCGUCCCGCCACCCAGGAUCCGUUCAUCUCGAAACGGCUCAACAUUAUGAGCUGAAGAUGCACAGGAAGUAUCGCGUUCGGCUGAUCUUCUUUAAUGCCCAGGGACGCCUCAUUGAUCAGAGUCGCUGGUCAGCGGAGUUCAUGCUAGGGCCGCAUCUUUCCUUUACAGAUUACCCCUUGCUAGCCCUCAGCAAGUGUAUCCCUACUCGGGUUUCCUCCCUAGACAUCUUCCUGAGAAAGUUCGCGAGAACGGCCAGCCACUUUUCGAUUCCAGUUGCCCUAGAAGAUCUCCAGCUUCACAUGUUCGCCGUGCCUCGUCCAGAGCAAACGAGCUACUCGAUAGGAAGACACCGCUCAGAUCCAUUCCACGGCACUCAGUCGCGACUCUUCACAAGCCUCACGGACUCACUGCUGCAAGCCGAGUGCCAGUUUGUAGUGGCUGCACACUUUGGGCACAAGUCACACUCUGCCCGCGAGGUUGCAAUGCGCACAGGACGCAAGGUGUAUGCGGAUGUCUCGUUUCGAGGAAAGCCGACGCUCGUCAACCCUUCGCAGCUCCACGAAGCGGACAGACAGGCUUAUGCCUUCCUCACGUGUCCAGGCCAAUCGUUUCGCCUGAAUCGCGAUCGCAUAGCACAGCACGUGAUUGGAUUUGAAGUGUCGGAUGAAGGAACGGGCCAGGUGCUCGCGUAUGGCGUAAUCCGCUUCGAAGACCUCUAUCAUAUCGUGAAGGACGCCAUGCGGGACCAUGUGCUGAGCGGAAGCUCCCCCGACGCGCAGUGCUCUGGGCGACACAGUCGUUUCCGUGUUGGCCUAGAGCAUGUUGACGGAAGAGGCCCCUGGGGGCGUUUGGAAUGCAGUCUCGACAUUAAAAACAUCCGUUCUUACAUCAGGCAUGAGGACAAGGAAGAAGAGCAAGAGGCCCCCGGUUACCAGAGGCGGCGUGCUCGUAAAAAGACCGACUUUCAGCCAAUGGGUGCAGCUCUGGCGGCGAGAACCACGGCUCGAAUACAAGAAGAACCAAUGCACGAGGCGGCACCCUCUCGACGUGCGCGUUUUGGCAAAGUAGAAGGCAACACCGAAGAUAUACUGACACAACUCGGCCUUAUGGAGGAGCAUUCCCAAUCCUACGCAGAGCCUGCUGUCGGUGUAGACCCUUCGCAAUUGUCACAAAGUAGCAGAACCGUUCUGGGAAGAUCCAGACGCAGCGUUGUGGUGCCCCUCGACACCGACUCUUUGCGCGCACCACUUCUUCCACCGCAGUCGUCUCCCGGUGAUCUCACACUCCUAUCAGCUGCCAGCAGGGCCCCCAGAAGCUCCGUCGCUUUUUCCGAAGGCCGAAAGAGCCGAAUUGGAGGAAUCACCAUGAAGGAAGUGUCUCCGCAUUUCGUUCGAGACUUGCCAGGGCGUCCUGUGCUUCAAGGCGCAGACCUGUUUGUCCAGUGGCAGUGGGCAGACUCGCCUUUGCGACCAGAUCAUGUAUUUUUGGGGCUUUUCGAUCACACUACAGAUGCUUUUGUAUAUCCUCUACACUGGGGACGCGCUAUUCCCAACACCGGCAGCUACGCUUGGCACGUUGAUACACAGUUCCGGCACAAAGAAACAUGCCAACUGGUGUACAUCGCCAUGUUUGAGACGGAGAUAGGGUCCUUAACAACGCUUGAGGAAGCAGUUUGCCAGUCAAAUGCUUUCUACGUUGUGAAGCCCACGCCACUCUGCGAGCUGGAGCUUCUGUACGCCUGCUUCUGCAGAUCCCAUGGACUCGAGAUGGAGCAUGUUUCCGAAGCCAAGCUGGUGGAGGCCGGCUUUUCUGUUCAAGAGAUAAUGCUAAAAAUAUGUCCUGACUUGAGGCCUCCCUUCGCGACUGAGCCCUACGCAGAAGCCGUGCACUGCCCUGGCCAGUGCGUGGUGAGCACGCAGUCCAAGUUGGUCAUGCUGGCGAAGACGGAUGAAGAAAAGGGCGUGCAGGCUUCCAACAUGCAAGAAAAACAAGUGGUCGUAUACAAGUCUGUCUCUCGCCUUGUUCGGAUCAUCGAAAAUGUUGAAAUCACACAAGACGUGAAUUGGUGGACUCGGUCUCCCGAUAUAUCUUUGCUGAACACUGGCCUCUGCUACAACAAUGUCAUCAUGCAAAAGGCCAUUCAGCUCAUGGGGGCUGCCAUCACCCGAGCGCGCGGUGUCGGCAGGCUGAACAAAAAGGGAUGGGGGUCGAUACUGAAGGAGCUUCCUAGGCUUAUGAGCAGUCGCACUGCGGAAUUUAUCGUGCUUCCCAACAUUCUCAACUUUUUUCUCGUCUGCCUGCAGUUGGCAGCGGGAUACGGAUUUCCACUUUUGCUUGUCUGGGUGUAUUUGUAUGACUGUCAUUCCUUGGCGGAAGUAGAGACCGAUAGGUCUUCUACAGGAGGCACGUGGUUUCUUCCAGAUAUCAUCUUCGACCCUUCGUGGAACUCCAUUUUUAAGCUUGAGCCGUGGGGGAUCGCAAUCGUUAGUUUGGCUUCUCUGCAUGUUUUGGUGAUGACUGUUGCCAUCUUCUUCAAUGCCUUCCUGAGGGAUGAACAACCGCGCUUGAUGCUGAAAGUCGACUUGCUGGGUCGGGCAUUCCUCACCAUGGCCUUAUUCUCUGUGACGCUAGCAGCAUCUUCCUUUAUUCUGUGGUUCCUUCUAGGGGCCUUGGUGAACUCCGAUUCGUUCUUGCCUUAUGCUGCAAUGUUCGGAUCGGUGACGUUUGUAAUUUUCUUCCUGUGGAGCAACUUUGUUUCGUCGAGGGAGUCAGUUAUCAGAUACAUAGAGGAAAACAUGCAGUUGCUUUUGUCACUGGCUCUCGACCACUGGUUUGCACACACAAACAUAACAUACACGGGGAAAGAGCAGCUCGUGGCGGACGAGACCCUCAUUUCCUACAGAGACAAGAUAAGGGACGAGCUCCGACUGGCUACCUACGUCUACGAGAAGGUGAUGGCGCCCUUCGACAACGCCUUCUCCAUAGACGCGAACGGCGCUGCCUGCGGCCUUCAAACAAUACUGAAUCUUCCCGAAGGAGCACGCUUUGCCACCUGCGCGGAAGUCGAACGCCAUAGUGAACGGGUGGAUGACAUGCUGACGGGAUGGGAUACUGCGCUUUUAAAGGAUGGCGUGAAGUAUGGACCGCGCUAUGGGUACAAGGUGGAUACGUCGCCGCCUCCCAACACGACAUACAAUCAAGCGAUUAUUGCAGUGCCUAAGUAUCCUCCGGCCGAAGAGCUCGAUGAGCUGCUCAAGGUUCAGCUGAUCUUUGACAAGUUUGUGGAGGCCCACAAGGAUCACUUGUCGGCGAAGAACUAUUUUUCCUUGCUCCAACGCGUUAAGGGAAGCGAUGCAGACUUGAGUCAGUGGGAGCAGUUGUGCGAGUACUUCAAUGAUGCCGUCAACACGAGCAUCGAUCCCGCCGUUGGAAUUUCACUCCAUGACCUCGUCAAGAUAUACACCCUCCAAUCCGGCGACUUGGACCGUGAUUUUGAGCUGCUUUUCCCUACGCUGCGGCCUGGAGAGGGUGACGAAAUGGAUAUGGAAGAUCUCGAUCGGCUAAGUGAUGAGAGUCUCGAACUCUCUGCUAGCGAACCCUCAGACGUUGAGGAGACUACAGAUGAAGAGGACGACGACAUACCCAAUGUAGGGUCGUCUCUCCUGAGGCUUUACAUACUGCGGCGCAGCACGCCUCACUUUGAUGCAACAACGCAAGCGAGAGACUCUACGACUGCGGGGCCUUAUUUCAUGCAGGAAGUUGAUGACGAAGGUGGAGAAACAAAGGCCGAAAUAAACACCGAGGAAGAGCGCAUCGAAUUUGAACUCAAGUCCAAGAUCAAUGCGCGCAAGCUCCGCUUCAUUUAUAACUUCGUCACGCAAGAAAAUCGCGGACAAGCAAUUGACGAGCUUAUUUCCUCGGUUCCCUACUUAGCGGCCAAGACGCUCGAGACGCAUCUUCUCCUGCUCUCGCCAGUCUUUGGCAAGGAAGCAGUCCUUGGGAUAUCCAUUCCAGGCAUGAGACUGUCGCGAGGUGGCUCUGUCUUUUGCUCUGCUGCUGGUGGCCUUGCGGCAGAGGAUCCUUUCGGUGCGAAGAAGGAAGACCGCUUCGUGACUCUGUUGAAGGUCAUUCAAGUGGAGUUUUACCAAGAACUCACCAGACAAUUUCGCUUGGUGCAUGCUCAAAUGUUCGACACGCUCAAUGUCCGUAGCGGAAUUCAAGACUACUUUGAUAACAUUAUGCCGCAGAAGGUGUCGAUGAAGGCCUCUCGCCUCUUGAACAGCAGCUUGGAGCUUUCACGGUCCGAGGUGCACCCUUCGAACCAAGAAGCCCUAACCAACCUACCCCCGAAGACGGCAAACCAGCUCAUGCGAUCACUGCAGCGCUACAGGAUUGAAAACGACUUCGAAAUAAGGGAAACUUUGGCGCUGAUAGCCAAGGCACAGGGAUCCCAGCAGCAGCAACUGCAAGUUCACCUUAUCAUGAAGACGCUUGUAGACAUCCAGGUUCUUGAGAGAGGCCAAGUGCAAGAAGAAGACCUAGAACUCAUUGUAGAAGGGGCAGCGAUUCGCGAGAUGAAGAUUAUCCAGCCGAAGGAACUUGCAUGUCUCAAGCUUGUUGUUGAUGCAAUCGACAAACAGCUCGGUGGCCGUCUGCAGCGGAUGAAUUCGACCACACACGUAGUCCAGGUCCUCAAGUACAUUGCGGAGAGAUACCUUUGGCUGCCGUGCUUCCAGUUCCUAGUUCAGCUGCUAGGCAACAACCUUUCUAUUGACGACCUUCCUGGGGGUGCUGUGGAUGUGGACGGCAUGCGAGACCACGAGUUUGACUUGCGGCACGAAGAUCGAAGUUCUCUAGGAGUUCAGGGGGCAGAAGAUCGUCAAAAGCGGCGGCUGGAAAGCAACCUGGAACGGACUCGCAGCGUGUUUCACCAGUUGGGGAAUCAUUCUGGUUUUUUGCCACUAGACUUGGUCGAUGAGGCUAUCCAGCUCCUUACAGACAACCGCCUGAACUUCUCCGGAGUCGUUGGCUGCCUUCAGCAGCUGAAAAUAGGGUCCGUCUAUGUCCAUGAACGAGGGCACGCGGUUGGCGCUUUAGAGAAGCUGGGCAUCCGAAAGGAUUCUGCCGUUUGCGACAUUCAAGCCUCCAGUGAGACAGUCAGCGAAUUUAUCGACUGGACGUCUUUCCGGCACGACCCUGGCUGGACUCCUGAGAUGUUUAAGGCUUUCGACAGGCUGACUGCUUCCUGCCCGGGGUAUAUGGGGAAAAGUCAGAUGGUUGAGUUCGUCAAAGAAAUCCACAAGCUGUUCCAGCCGCAGAUUUCCGAGUUGCGAAGGGGCAGGGAUCGUCUUAGAGGCCGUAAGGCGGGGCCUAAGGAAGGCAUCACGCAGCUGAGCACAGUCUCCAGAGAGAGUGCGCUGAGGGGAGUCGAAGGCGAGGAUUUACAGGCAGUUCCCGGGGACCUAGCCCUCGACGCCAUGGAAGAGGGCAUGCGCAUGGUGUCCUUUGAAAUGUUUCACCGUGUGGCCAUGAAGCUGGGUCUGAGCGUCGGGCACAGACACUCGCGCAUGCUGUGGAUCAUGAUUUCCUUUGACACUUACGACGAGAUUCAGCAGUUCUUGCCCGAGAGAGACGUCAAGCUGGGCAUCACCAGGGUCUACUUGCAGCCCUUCACUGCGCUCGGAAAGCCGUUCCUCAAUCGAGAUCCUGUGUCAAGUAUUGUGGGGUUUAAGGGCCUGGUAACGUUUGUCAUUUUCAGAAGAAUUCUGCGACAGCUGGACAUUGCCAUACCUGAUCGGGCAGCAAGGGCUCUAUGGGACGAACUUCCCAAAGACCCCAUGGAUGUGACAGACUUUUUGCCAGCUGGACUGUUAGAGGGAAGCAUUCGCACCAAGUACCUCCGAUUGGAAAUGGAUACUCUCGGAAUGGACCCCACGAAAGGCAGAGUUGUCAGCAUCGACUGCCUCCGCAAGAAACUGCCGCGGCUCUUGAUGACUGGAUUAUGGCCAGAGGCUAUUCGCGUGCUGCUGACGCUUUCGCUACAACUUGAAGUGCCUGAAUCACGGCUGGAGCGAGUGCUGAAGGCCUUGGAGCGCCGAACGAACCGAUUCGGAUUGAUACGGCCAGAGGACGUUGGCUCGAUUCUUAGCUCGCUCUCAGUUGAGGGCAUGACCUUUGGAAUGCUUAGGGAUGUAAUUCAAAAAAUGAGGAUCCAGAUGCCCGAGCAAGACAUCAAGCGCAUGUUUGACCUCAUGGAUAUCAACCAUGACUUGAACCUCUCCCUAGGGGAACUGCUCAGCGGAUUUGAAGUGCUUUUCGGCAGAUUCAUGCCGCUGCUCGUACUGCAAGAAGUAGGCCUCUCUCUGGACAGAAUGCUGCUCGUUCUUUGCCUCACCACAGUGGGUCUUUUGGCGUUCUUCGGAUUCCUUGGCUUGGCCUUUUCGAGCUUCGAGAGUCUCAAGAGUGGUGUCAGCACUGCAGUGCAGUCCAUGCUGGCGGUGCUUGGUGCAGUAGGGUUGCAGUCUGGCGCUUCUCAAGAGGCUGAAGAAGUUGAGCAGCGCAUGAAACAGCAUAUUGAGUCUAUCAUGGGAGAUAAGCUGUCCCGGGCAAAAGAACAAGUUGAGGAAUUGCAGGAAGCCUAUAAGCCGGAGCCCUCAACAAAGGAAGGGAAGCCUCUAAAGCUACGCUACAUCGUCCCUCGUCGAUAUCGGCCUGACCUUGAAGAUCCGCGUCCGUGUGUUACCUUUACCCCUGGUUCUUACGUUCGCCUGGAGCCAGCUGUGUCAGGUCGCGUGGACAGAGCUCAAUUGCGCUGGUCUAUUACUCCCAGACUCCCCCAUCAAACUGGAAUGGUCUUUAAUAGGCACACAGGAAUCAUUGAAGGCAUCAUUCCCAUGAAGGACGAGGGCGAUUCAAGCUCGCAGCUAAUAUCCGAUUUCACAAAGGCCCAGGACCCCACAAUCAAAGUUCUACGCCCCGUUGCUGAACGCAGCAGCGUCUACGUUGGAGAAGAUGCCAGCGAUGUGGCGCGUCCCCUGCGAGUUCCGAGAAGGACUUAUGUUAUUGUGUGUAGGAAUCAGGCUGGGUCUGCUAGGGCAAGAGUUACCUUUCAAAUCCAGCCGAAGGCCCCUGCAGCCCGAGUAAACACAAAGAAGGAGGAAGACACCCGGCGCGAGAUUCGGAAGCGUCAGACAUUUAGAGAGUCUGAGCAUGGCGGUUAG